UUGAAAAGCCAUCGGCUCGACUGCGCAUCGUCGAGGGCUUCCGAUCGCGAUUGCAAAGCCUACCUUAGCAGCCUCAUCCGAUUCCAACGACGUAACGAGUGCUCGUGAUAACUUUGAACGUGACCAGUGCCUCGCUUUUUUCUUACCUACUUAUUGCUGUGUAGUUGCUCGACGCCUUUGCAAUUGCCCUGCUGAGCAGAUUGACCGACAAUUUGUUAUCGACUCGAGUCUGGCCAAUACUGCGCUAGCCCGACUCGCAUCGUAUUCAUCCCAGGCGUCUUUUUCCUCUUCUUCUUUGUGCGCUCUAGCUAUCGAGACACCAUCAAAAAAAUGCAGCGAUUCCUCUUGUGCUUUGUUGUAUUGUUAAAAAUUGGCAAUUUGAUGACCGAGUCUGUGGGUUUGAAGGCCGAUAACAAAAUGGACAUGUACCUGGCAGCAAACGAAAAUUCGUAUUUUAGAGAUCCGUCGCAGCUUCGCACGGAGCUGGCCAAUUUUCAACCCGCAUGGGAUAAGCUAGCUUCGAGGAAUCUUGUUCGCGACGAAUCUGAUUUGAACAAUUACAAGUGGUACAACAUUGAAGCAGCUGAUAGUCAAUUGAAAUUAGAAAAUGACCCCGACGAAGCGGAAAUUGCGCGUUUCUCCGACGUCAUGCUGAGGCUGAUUCUGCAGCCCGGGCCUUGGGAUCCGCCGCUCGUGAUUAUCGACGGACCCUCGGACGGUUCCAACGCCAAGGGCCCGAUCGACGAGUCGGACGAUUUGCCAAGAAUCGACAAGAGGUCCCGCUACUACAGACCUUAUCCCUGGACCAAUAAGAGGCAAAAUUCCAGGUCUUACCACAGGAGCGGCGAUUACGACCCUUACAAUCCGUGCACGCCGACGCGCCACGACGUGUUCCAGCUGCUCGUCGCGCUGCACGACGCGCAAAAGGGCAACAAGUCGCGCCUGGUCAACAUCUGCAAUCGCCGAAGACCAGCCAGCGAUAUCUACACCAACAUACGCUUCCUCGGCAGGAAAAAAUAAGCCGCUUCGGCGUCGGGGACAGUGGACGGAACGGACGCACGACGGCCAAUAACGAGUUUGUUUUUCUCUUCGUUCGAGCUGAGCUUCCAGCGUGGAAAGGAUCGGAACAAAAAGUGCACAACUGCUGCUGGCUCGGAGCGGCCCCCGAACAAAGUGUAUAAUGCCCAUGUAACUUUGUAAUUUUAAGAAAAAUAUCUUCCAUCGCACAUAGACACACACACAUUCACCUCUGAACACUCCGAAUGAUAAGAAAAUAUCUAUGUCUGGAACAGUGUAGGCUUUCUCAGCUUCAUCGUGUGGCUCUUUGGAUAUCGACUAUCUGUCGUAAUGCAAAAUUUACGUUUCUAAUUGCGUAACUCUUUAUUGACAAGUGACAAAUGCUAAUACUUGGAACAUGUACCUAUACUCACCAUAGUACGAUGAUACGUAAACAUGUGUGUAUAAGUGUGGAUAAUGUACUUCGGAGAAAGAUCGUAAAAUCCACUCAAGGCCUCUGCGUUUUAAAUCAUUUUUACCGACUAUUGUUGUUUCUAAAAACCUUAAAUCAAUAUAAACAAGAAGUAGGUAAAUGUUAUAAAUUUAUCUUGCACAGUCGAGUAAAUAGAAAAUUAUUUUGAAUUUUGAGACGAAAGCGCCACACAUACACGGAUUUAGCUGAAAAUUUAUCAAAAUUUCGCAAGGAUGCUGAGAUAUACAAUAUUAUAUGUAAAGGGGAUCAUUAUACGUUGUGCAAAAAAGUUGAAUGCUCGAAUAAGUGUUAAAUGUUAUUUACGCAUAAUUAUGUACUUGUUACAGAAAACGAAAUACAUUUCCUAUUAUGCAUCUCGUCGUCCAAGUGUGCUUUUAGUCUGUUCGUUUAGACAAACCAUCUUAAAAGUAAACAAUAAAAUAUCAUGAAAGG